UUUUUAUUUUUCUUCUUCUUAUAUAUUUUAAUCAUUUCAUAUACCCUUCUUCUACGUAUGUUAAAUGGAUCUACUAAUAGAUAUUCACAACAACAAAAAAAGACAAAGAGCGUAAAUGAUACCACAACUGAUACCAAUAACAAGAAAAAAUUUCGCUGGUCGUCUUGCUUUUCUUCUUUUAUCACUAAAUUUAAAAAAUCAUCAAAAGAGCAACAAAUAAGACUAUCUCAAUCUUACGAUAAUAUUGAAAGAAAACAGUCUCCUUCUGAGCAACGCACUUUAAAAGGAACUAUUGAAGUAUCAAAUAUAAUUAAACAUCCUUUUCUUUGGAAAUCAUCAUUAUCGUCACAAAAUAACUUUAUACCAUCUCCUUCUCUUUCUCCUCCACCAAGACAAAAUAAAUCAAAGAGAGAUAGUCAUUCAGUACCCAUAAAAUGCCCUUUAAUAGACCCUACUUUAACUCCAAGGGUAAAACCUAAAUCACUAAAGACAUCCAGAAAGCAACCUUCUCUUUUACGUUUAUCUUUAGUAGAUCCUAUACAAUCACCUGAUGGUGAAAAUAAUAGUAUCAAUACAUCUAAAAUUGAACAAUCUUCAAGUGUCUUUUCUUCUACUAUACAACCUCAUCCAUUUCGUAGUGGAACCUUAGGCACUGAUCAUUUUCGAUUCAUCAAUUCCUCUUCUCACUAUUUAUCACAGCUUGACAGUAACAGACCUUAUUCAACAGCAACGAGCACGAAUACAGAUACGAGUAACACUAAUAGUGAUGAAGAUGAAGAACAAAAUAAGCGCUUAUCACUAAAAGAAAGAAGACGUAGACGGAGUCCUCUAUCAUUUCCAAGUACUGAGCAACUCACUUUAGUAUUAUUAAAAGAUCAAACAUCUACUCUACAUCAUGAUAACGACAAACAACAUCAGCAAGAUAACAAUAAAUUAUUAACUCAAUCACGUCAAGAGGCCAUGCUAACCUUAGAAGGCAAAAAAGGACAAUCACGAAUCAUUGAAUCUACAAGUCAGGAGGAGUACACGAUCAAUGAUAAAAUCAAAUAUGAUGCUGCAAUUAUAGCUCAUAAAAAGGAAAAGAACAAGGAUUCAUAUUCAUAUAAUAGAAAAACUGUUCUUUUUCCUCCGCCUCGACAUUUAUCCAUAACCCCAGAAACACCUCCUUAUCAUCAACACGUUGUUCCUUCCUUAAUAUCAGCUCCCACUACUCCAAAUUCUAUAAAUUCUUCACUUCUUAUUGAGGACUAUGUUACCCAAACAUAACAACUUUUUUUUUUUGUUUUUUGGGAUAAAAUACCAUAGUUCUUUGCUUUGAGAUCUAUUUCUUUAUAAUACUUCUAUAGGCUGGACCGACAGAUUAUUCUAUUAUUAUUAUUAUUAUUACUUAAAAACUAAAAU